AUGCCACGAAAAAUGAUGAGCUUGCUUAGUUCUCAUUUCGAAAACGAUACUCACGAUGAUCAACCCACGAAAAGCAUCUAUAAAACCCUGUUAGGUUUUGGAGACACAGCAUUGGUCAACAUGGCGACGAAAGCGACAAAAGAGUUAUGGAAAAUCGUAAAAAGACGAGCUUCAGAAUCUAGUUCAUCGAAUGAGGCACAAAAUUGGAUCAACCAAGGCGCUGAUAUUAAAGCUCUAAGUAAGAAUGGAUACAUGAUCCAUGUUGUUAUUGGUGAGGAACAACGAAAACGUAUCUCACAACCACUACAAGCUGAUAAUUGUAAACGAUUAAUAUACGUGUUGCAAACGCGUGCUUCGCAACUAUUAGCUGAAGCAGCUUCAAAUGGCAACAUACAAGACAUGUCAGUUCUCGUUCAACUGGGUGGCAAUUGUUAUCAAGCAGACAAAUACGGUCCACUUGGUUUAACGGGUCACCUUUUACAGCAACAAGACCAAAAUCCUAUUCGUUUGGAUGUUAUACGAUUUCUGAUUGAAAACGAUCAACAGGCAAAACUUAGUAUUACGAAAAUGGAUAAUAAGCAACAAACUUGUUUAUCAUUAGCAAAAAGCAAUCGACAGUGUGGCAAAGAUGUCAUCGAGUAUAUACAACAAGAAUUCAAUGUAAUGUUAAAUACAUUUCCAAGUACGCAUUUCGGUCUUCCUGUGCAUGAAGUCAUUGAAUGGAUUCGUCGAGGUGCAAACAUGGAAGCAACAGAUCGAAAUGGCAAUACCGUAUUGUGUAAUGCCAUUUUGGCAAAUAAUAUGGAAUUGGUUAAAGUUCUAGUAGCAGCCGGUUGUAACACUGCGCAUAAAAAUACGAACAAUCAAACCCCACAACAAAUUGCACAAAAUGCAACACCAAGAAAUGCUCAGAUUGUUGCUUUUCUCUCCGGACAAGGUGUCAACACGGAGUUGCGAGAUUUGAUCUUGAAAAGAAAAGGUAAACUCACAACGGAUGAAGUGCAUCAAUUACUAGAAAAAGGAGCACAAAUCAACGCACCCAUCGUCAAUAACGAGACAAUGCUACAUUUGCUAAUUGCCAAUAAGGGUACACCUGAAAUGGUACAAACCUUUGUCAAUGACUUUAAUGCUGACGCGAAUGCCAUGAAUGUCAAUGGUCAACGUCCAAUUGAAAUAUGUAUAUUGUAUGAUGAACAACCCUUUGCUGUUUUACAAACGUUUCUAAAAUUAAAUCAGGUUACAGCCGAUACAUUUUUCAAUUCGAACUUGAAUAAAACCGUUGUGGCAUGGGCCAUCGAACAAAACCGUCAAGCUGCCGCAAAGAUUGUUCAAAGUGAACUAAAUCUUCGUUUGUGGAAUUGUAUUGAUCAAUUUUCGAAUGACAAUGAGAAAAAUAAAACAACCGCCAUGAACGAGGUAUCGAAAUUGAUUAGCUAUGGAGCACAAAUUAAUCAUAAACAUACGGAUGAAGAUUAUGAAGAAUGGACUGUGGUGCAUAUGGCAUGCAGAUCGAACACUUUAGAUUUAGUCAAAUAUUUAAUUGAAGAUUUGAAGGGAUCAUAUACAAUUUCGAACGCCAAUGGUGACCAUCCGAUUGCCGUUGCCGCAGAACAUGGUGCCUUGUCAGUUGUGCAGUAUUUGCGUGCUCUACCAGAAACACGAUUGAACGUAGCAAAUAGGAGCAGACAAACUCCACUGCAUCUGGCCACGAAGAACCACCAUUUAUUGGUUGUUAUAGAGCUUGUUGAAUGGGGUGCUGAUCAUCAAGCUCUAAAUGCAGUCAAGCAAACCCCACUAGAACUCGCUUUAUCCAAUCGGGCAAAAAUCAAAGAAGAUGAAAUAAGCAAUAAAAAAGUUAUUCAUUUUCUCAAACGAUUGAUUCUUCCGAUUGACGCUAAACAACACCAACCCCAGGCGCGAUUGGCUAAACCGAAUCAUGAUCUAGAUCAAUGUCAAUUGCCCACACCUGUUCUGGUCGAGAAAGUACAAAUGGCUGAUGAAAAUGAUCAAGAUCGGUUAGCAAAGAAGUCGGGUUUUUUAAAAAUGGCACCGAAUACCAAAUUGCAUGAUGCAUGUAAAGAUGGAAAUGUGUACGAUGCAAAACAAGCUAUUGGUGAAGGUGCAGAUAUUCGAAAUCGAAAUAAUCGAAAUCGAACCCCGAUGGAAGUGCUUCAGUCGGCAUAUCGAGAAUACACGACUAAAGCAAAUCUGCCUGGGAAUAAAUUAGAAGAGCGACAACGAUAUGUUGCACAAGCAAUGGGAUGUCAACAAAUUGCUGCUGAUUUACAGCAAAUUGCACAGACAAAAUUAAUUGAAUCCAUUAAACAAUCCAAUGCACCUCGUGUCAUCGCCUACCAUCUUGCUGGUGGACAAUUGACUUGCGAUAUGCUUGAUUUAGCUUGUCAGUCAUCCGACAAUAUAGCAAUUAUUGAUUACUUGAUUAAUCAGAGUAAGGAACUGUAUACUGCUAUGUUUCAGUACACUGCACCUAAAUCGCCCUAUAUGACAGCAAAAGAAAACAAGUUUACAAAAACGGAAAACUAUCUUCAUUAUCGUCUGUCUAGCGAAUGUACAAAUGCCAUACGUUCAAAUAAUGUUGUACUUGUAAAACAAUUAAUACUUGCCGGUGCUAGCGUCGAUAUGCCAGAUACAAAUAAUCUUUUAGUGGCGAUUAGCCAUCGGAACAAUGAAUUAGUUCAAAUAUUGUGUGAGAAUGGUUGUAAAAUGCCUUCAGAAUGGCUGGAUAUACAACAAAUUCAAAUACCUCAGUUGGAAAAUAUGACUGACAAUAUUCUACAUACCAUAAAUCGUUGUCUGACUGAUCGCAAAUUACGUAUAGCUGCAGCCAAUGGAGAUUUGAAUGGUGUUAUACAGUGUCAACGUUUAGGUGCUGAUAUAAAUUCAAGAAAUGCACAUGGAUCAACAGCUCUGUUCUAUGCCGUCCAGUACGGGAAUUAUUUUGCUGUGGUACACAGUCUGGUAUCAUGUGGUGCAUCAAUGUUGCAUUCGAAUCACGAAGAAAAACACUCUCUAAUUCAGCUUUGUAACAUAUAUGGAUAUGAUCAAAUAGCCACGUAUUUGGCACGAGAAGUUAAUGUACAAUUUUUGACAGCUGUAUUCAAUAAUGCUACACAAACUGCUGACGCCCUAGCCGCAUUGGGUGCUGAUUUUAAUCACAGAGAUGAGCAAGAACGUACGCCAUUGCAUUAUGCUGUUCAGUAUCAUGGUAUUGAAUUGGUGCAAUGGUUAUGUGAGCGUGGCGCUAAUCCGACAAUAGCUGAUGUCAAUGGGGAUUAUCCAAUCACAUUGGCAGCUGAGAAAGGUGAUUUUGCAUCCAUUGAGUAUUUGAUCAAAAAGAAUCCGGCAACGAAAAAGCAAAAAAAUAAAAUGAGUGUUGAUGCCCUUGGAAUUGCAAGAAAACUCAAUUAUAAACGUAUAGUACAACUAUUGGAAGGUAAAGCAGUGGAUGUGCCGGGCGACGAUGACAAAGCACCGUCCAAACCAAAAUAUGAUCAAAAACAGUUGAUACGCGCAGCUGGCAAUGGUCAAAUGUUAAUUGUUAAAGAGUUUAUUGCACAACGAUACAAGAAUGUGGAAGAAAAACGGCUAAUCUGUUAUCAAAUGUUGCAAGUAGCUACUCGAAAUAAACAAGGGGAAGUUUUAAGCAUAUUACAGUCGUAUUAUAAUAGUGAAUUGCAAGCUGCAAUUCCAUCUGAUAUUGGUGAGGGACCCGUAGUUCGGCUGAAAGAAGAAUAUCAAACAAUGCUGAAAGGAUUGUUAGCUGGUCUUAGUAAUGUUAUUGCCAACAGUUCCGUUGUCCUCGACCCAGCCGAUCCAAACACCUACAAAGAACUAUUUUACAGUCUAAAUUCCAGUGUCGAACAACGUACCAGUGAUAUCAGUAACAUACAUAGUGAACAAGAUGCUAUACUACUGUGUAAACGCGAUACGAUGGAUUUAGAGCAGAAAAUUCUAAAACUAAAUUUAGAGCUCAGUGCAUUAGCAACAAAUCGAGAUAUGUUAGCAAAACGUAUAGUUGAUACAGAUGAGAAUCUGAAGAAAGUAAAAGAUGUUACUGCAUUACAACGAAAAGAAUUAUUUGACAAUAAAGAUGCAACAGAGAAACAAUUGGCCAUGUUGGAAUCAUCAAUGUAUGUGUUUAGACGUUCACAAGAGGCUGCAUUGAGGAAAAAAUAUACACUCGAAUUCAUUAAAGAAAAACCAAAGUUAUUCCUGUUUUUUACGACAAUUGAACAUAAUUUACAAAGUUUAUUCAAUAGUGUUUUGGUUGCACAAGGUGGUCUGUUACAACGGGAUAAAUCAAAUACAAAAGUCGGUAUGACAGCAACGACGAUACAAGCAAUACCUACACACUGGAUUCCAAUAAUUGGUCCAAUUCUCGAUGCCAUCAAAUUUCCAGUUAGGAAAGGAUUAGAAAAGCUGGAUGAAAAACGCCAGAAAAAAGAAUGGUAUAACAUAUCAACAUUGGGUAGUAUUGAAGAAUUACAACGAACAGCGUCAAACACAGCUGGUUUAUUGACAUUGUAUUAUCAACAUCAGAUUGAAUUGAUUGAUACAUCCGGUAAAAUUAAAGGCAGCAACUUUUUUGGUACAUUUAUGAAAGAAACAAAAGAAAAAGUUAUUAACGUACGACCAGAAGAAGUUCACGAAAUGGCAGUUAGUCUGGUUGCCGAGCAUAUAUUGGAAUGGAUUAUUGAGUCACUGAAAUCUGGAAAAGAUGAAAAUAAUCAUAAAUUUAUUCGAAGUAAACCACUGGCGCAACAGUUAUGGUUAAUUGUAGCGAAAAGAAAUCCUAUACAACAAAGUAAUUUGAAAAUCAUGAGUGAUACAAUGGGUGUGAGUACCGGCAAAUUAAAGAUUCCAUUAAUUCGGACAGAUGAAUAUGGGCAAAAACAUAAAUUAAGUGUGCAAAUUCGCUAUCUAUUCGGUUGUGUAUCACUGAUGGAUCGUUAUGGUGAAGUAUACCAAUAUCAAAAACCCAGAGAGUAUACUGAUCCAGAACUGGUUGAUUUGGACAUAUUUGGUUAUGUUUACAUAGCCCCGUUCCCGGCAGAUGAUUAUACAGUUAAUAUAAUUAAAUCCAGUCGAAAUUUGAAAGAAGCUAGAAUUGAUGAGAGAGGUAGAAGCCAAAUUCUCUCCACAUUCGAAAAUAUCGUGAAUGUAGUCGGUGCAUUUCGUGACGAUGACGACGACGACACCGAUUUUGACGAUUCUCGUGUCACUAAAGAAACAGCACAACAAAUAGCCAAAGUAUUACGUGAACAAAAAAUAUUUGUCGAUCCGAGUGACCUCAGAGAUAUAUUGAAGAAGUCACAUGAUCAAAUUGAAGUUGAUAUUAAUAUAUUACGUGAUGAUAUUAGAGAAAAACAGCAACGAUAUGAAACAACAACAAAAGCAUCAUUUGAGGAAAUCAAACUACAACUAGAACAAGCAAAAGAGGAAUUAAGAAGAGAUAAUGAGCAACGUUAUAAUAGAGAAUCACGUAAAAUGAUGGAACAAAUGAGAGAAAUCGAACAACGUUUGGAAACAGCUAUUCAAAACCGUCUUGAUGAAAUGAAUGGUGUAUGUAUUUCGGCAAAAUCUGAAGCGACGAAUGCAUUACGCAUUGCACAGAAAGUAUCUGAAUCGAGUGAUUUGUCAGCACAAAAAGCAUUGCAAGCCAGUAAGCAUGCUCAACAAUUAGUCGAAUCAACGGAACAAAGACGACAAGAAAUGAAAUUAGCUACAGAUUCAUGUGUGCAACUCGUACAACAAACACUAGUAAAACAAAAAGAGAUAUACGAAAAAUCACUCACCGAUUUGCGGACAAAAACACAACAGGACAUGGAUAGAUAUAAACAAUUGGUUGAAGUAUCGGCAACAAGUGCUAAAGAAUCAGAAAAAUCAUCAAAAGAAACAGCCAAAUUGAUACGAGAACAACUGAAUGCACAACGGAAAGAAAGAGAUAAACUUGUUGUAGCUGGUAAUGAAUCAGUUGAAUAUAGCGAAAAACAGGCUAAAGAAACAGGUGGAACAGAAAAAGACGCGCGGUAUGCAGUUAUUAAUAUCAAACCGAUGUUAGAUGCAAAUGAUAUACGUGUCAAAACAGCAAAAGUUAGAAUAUAA